CCGGCCCUAGCGAUUAAGUAUAAGGCACUAUAUAAGUUACGACGCGACGAGGUCGUUACUAGUUUAGAAUUAGAGAUUAGACCUAAAUAUAACGUAAUAAAUAAGGACGGUAAGGGGUUUAAGUUUACGUUAAGAUCGCUCGUUAUUACUAUCGUAACCUAG